AUGUCUUUUCAAUCACCGACAAUACACCGCAUGAUUACCAUGCAAGUGAAAACUGUUCAAGAAGUUGAGGAGAAAUCAAAAGAGACUCAUGAUGACAAAAAUAACCGCCUUAGUAGACCUAUGUCUCCUCACUUGACUAUUUAUAAGCCUCAAUUAACAACCCUGUUAUCUAUUACACAUCGUGGAACUGGAGUGGCAUUGAGUGGCGUUACUGCUGGAUUAGGAGCAUUAUUCAUUUUCACGGAUUUGCCAACAUUUGUGCAAUUUGUACAUGGGUUGGAACUACCAUCAGCCGCUAUUAUGUCAGCUAAAGGAUUAGUUGCUUAUCCAUUCUUCUAUCACCUAUGUAAUGGUAUUAGACAUUUGGUGUGGGAUGCCGGUAAAUGUUUGACCAUCAAACAAGUUUAUUCAACUGGAUAUGGUGUGAUUGUCGGUAGCUUACUUCUAACAGUAUUGUCUUUAGCUUAUACUACAUAA